AGCAAUAUUUUCACAUGAAUGUUGGCAACGAUGACAUGAGCUACUCCAAGAACUCCACAAUCCAAAGUUUGAUACAAUCAGUGACCAAGUCAGAGAGGGAAAGAGCAGUGAUAGAAGCGUUCAAGAACACAUCCUGUCCUAAGAACAUGAGCAUUGCGGACUUAGGUUGUUCUUCAGGACCUAAUGCCUUACUUGUGGUCUCUGAUGCCAUUGAUGCAGUGGAGUUAGUGUGCAAGGAGCUCAACCAGAAGCCAUUGCCAGAGAUUCAUGUAAUGUUGAAUGACCUACCAAGGAAUGAUUUCAAUACACUAAUUAGAUCAUUUGAAGACUUCAAAAUGAAUCACAGUUGUUUCAUCUCAGUCGCUCCUGGUUCAUUCUACGGCCGUUUGUUUCCCAGCCAGACAUUGCAUUUUGUUCACUCUUCCAUGUGCCUCCACUGGCUUUCUCAGGUUCCUGCUGAGCUUCAAAAUGGAACCAAGUUGGGGCUAAACAAAGGAAAUAUAUACAUCUCUAAAACAAGUCCUCCUUUUGUAUUAGAGGCAUUCACCAAGCAGUUCGAGAGAGAUUUCUCACAGUUUCUCAAGUGCCGAGCUGAAGAAGUCAUUCACGGUGGUUGCAUGGUGCUCACACUGGUUGCAAGGAAAGGUGAAGAUCCAUCUGUUGAAGGUAUUUACCUCCAAUGGGAACUCUUGGCACAGGCACUCAUGGACAUGGCCUCUCAGGGUAUUGUGGAGAUGGAGAAAAUAGAUUCCUUUAAUCUGCCAUUAUACACACCUACUUUAGAGGAAGUGAAGAAUGCUAUCAGAAGAGAAGGAUCGUUUGCCAUCAAAAGCAUUCAGAUGUUUGAUGUUGGGUGGUGUGAAGCAAGAGAUCAAGCUUGUGAACAUGAUGAUAAGGUUGAAGAGAAUGCAACCACUGCUCAAAGAAUGUCCCAGAGCAUGAGGGCAUGCUCCGAAUCAUUGUUUGUAAGCCACUUUGGAGCGGAACUGAUGGAUGAAUUGUUUGAGAGAUAUAGUAACUUCAUGGAAGGGUAUUUCUCUAAGUACCCUGACGUUGCGCUUACCAACAUUUGUGCAUCUGUUCAGAGGAUUGAUGUACCGGAGAUAUGAGCCCAAGAAACUGU